GACCCCGGAAGUGCAGCUCGAACUUGGUCGGGGCGCGGAUCCCGAGAGGGAAAGUCAUAACAACCGCACGAGGGAGUUCGUCUGGCGAGCUGGAAGGCCACGCCUCCUCCCGCCUCCCCCCGCAGCCCUGUAGCUGGGGGCAGAGCUCAGACUGUCUUCUGAAGAUUGAUGUCUAUUUCCUUGAGCUCUUUAAUUUUGUUGCCCAUUUGGAUAAGCAUGGCACAAAUCCAACAGGGAGGUCCAGAUGAAAAAGAAAAGACUACAGCACUGAAAGAUUUAUUAUCUAGGAUUGAUUUGGAUGAGCUAAUGAAAAAAGAUGAACCACCUCUUGAUUUUCCUGAUACCCUGGAAGGAUUUGAAUAUGCUUUUAAUGAAAAGGGGCAGUUAAGACACAUAAAAACUGGGGAACCAUUUGUUUUUAACUACCGGGAAGACUUGCACAGGUGGAACCAGAAAAGAUACGAAGCUCUAGGAGAGAUUAUCACAAAGUAUGUAUAUGAGCUCUUGGAAAAGGACUGUAAUUUGAAAAAAAUCUCGAUUCCAGUAGAUGCCACUGAGAGUGAACCAAAGAGUUUUAUCUUUAUGAGUGAGGAUGCUUUGACAAAUCCACAGAAACUGAUGGUUUUAAUUCAUGGUAGUGGUGUUGUCAGGGCAGGUCAGUGGGCUAGAAGGCUUAUUAUAAAUGAAGAUCUGGACAGUGGCACACAGAUACCUUUUAUUAAGAGAGCUAUGGAUGAAGGAUAUGGAGUAAUAGUACUGAAUCCCAAUGAAAACUAUAUUGAAGUAGAAAAGCCAAAGAUCCAUGUACAGUCAUCUUCUGAUAGUUCAGAUGAACCAGCAGAAAAACGGGAAAGAAAAGAUAAAGUCUCUAAAGAAACAAAGAAGCGACGUGAUUUCUAUGAAAAGUAUCGUAACCCCCAAAGAGAAAAAGAGAUGAUGCAGCUGUAUAUCAGAGAAAAUGGUUCUCCUGAAGAACAUGCAAUCUAUGUGUGGGACCAUUUCAUAGCCCAGUCUGCAGCUGAGAAUGUGUUUUUUGUUGCUCACAGCUAUGGAGGACUUGCUUUCGUUGAACUGAUGAUUCAACGAGAAGCAGAUGUAAAAAGUAAGGUAACUGCUGUGGCGUUGACAGACUCUGUUCACAAUGUGUGGCAUCAAGAAGCAGGCAAAACGAUUCGAGAAUGGAUGAGAGAGAAUUGUUGUAAUUGGGUCUCUAGCUCAGAACCAUUAGACACGUCAGUGGAGUCCAUGCUGCCCGAUUGUCCCCGAGUCUCAGCAGGUAUGUGUUUGAUGAGAGAUGUAUGGGUUUUUCUAGGGUGAAAAAAUAUGGUAAUGAAAUGUGG